GCAGGGUCUGCUUGGCCGUAACUCCUGACGGUCACCAUGGAGAAUGAGCAGAUCCAGACGCCGACGCCGCUCAGCAACCCGGGGGCCACCAGUACCACGGCCACCACGGCCCCCAGCAGCAGCGGCGGCAGCAACAGUGGGCGCCAGGCAGGGCCCCCCAUCUCCGUCUACAGUGGGAUCCCCGACCGGCAGACCGUCCAGGUGAUCCAGCAAGCUUUGCACCGACAGCCCAACACAGCCGCCCAAUACCUGCAACAGAUGUACGCUGCCCAACAACAGCACCUGAUGCUGCAGACGGCCGCGCUCCAACAGCAGCACCUGGGGAGCAGCCAGCUGCAGAGCCUGGCCGCCAUCCAACAGGCCAGCUUGGCAGCCAAUCGGCAGGGCGCCUCCCCCUCCUCCAACGGGGCCACGCAGAGCCCCCCACAGCAGCAGCCGCAGCAGCCGCCGCCGCCGCCCACGAUCAACCUGGCCACCUCCCCCGCGGCGGCCCAGCUCAUCAACCGGGCGCAGAGUGCGAAUUCUGCGGCCACCGCCUCGGGCAUCGCCCAGCAAGCCGUCCUUUUGGGCAACACCAGCAACCCGACUCUGAGUGCCAGCCAGGCGCAGAUGUACCUCCGGGCCCAGAUGCUCAUCUUCACGCCCACCGUCGCUGCCGCCGUCCAGCCCGAGGGCAGCACCAGCACCAGCAGCAUGCAGCCUCCCGCCCCGCCCGCCCCCCAGGUGCAGAGUCCGGCCCUCCGGAUGCCGCAGCAGGCGGGGGUGGGCCAGGCACUCAGCUGCCCGCCGACUCAGCCGCCCGGCCCAGUGGCUAUCAGACCCGCUCUGAAUAACGGCGGCCACCCCUGCCCGGCCUCCUCCUUCGUGCCCCCCUCCACCCCCCCUGCCACUCAGGUGAAGGGCGCCAAGGAAGGCCUGGCCGAGCACCUGAGGAAGGGGGGAGGGGGCGGGGCAGGGGGCGGCAGCAACGGGACAGCGGGCGCCUUGGACGGACGAGGCGGCGCCCCCAACCGGACCGGCCCCCCGGCCUCCACUCACUCGCUGAUUGCCCCAGCCUUCUCCCCGGCCCAGGCUCAGCCGCAACAGCCCCCGCCUCCAGCCAAGCCCCUCCCGCACCAGUUGGUGAUCCAGCAGCACCUCCAGCCCAAAGCGCCCCACCUGCCGGCCUUCAGCCCCCCGGCCCCCCCGCUGGCCUGCCAGCCUCCCACCCAGCACAAGCCGUUGAACGCCAGCCGCACAUCGCCCCCCCUUCCCGGCCCUCCGGCCCUGGGGCUGCAGCGGACGGACGGACGUCCCGCCGGGUGUCCGAACCACGCCACGCCGCACAAGUUCCAACACACCUCGGCGGUCAUUCUCCAGUUGCAGCCGCCCGUUGGGACGCUGCCCCUGAGCGUCCCGGAGGGUCCCCGGAAAGAGGCGGCCCUUGUGCCCCCCGAGGCUGCCUGCCCGUCUCCGUCGGCCCCUCCCAAAGCUCCAGCUCCUGAGGGCACCGCCCCCCCGCCACACG